AUGUCAGAAUCGAACCAUGCUAUCGUCUUUGGCGCCUCUGGCCUCCUCGGUUGGGCGACAGUCGAGCAGCUGCUCUCAAACUACCCCGCCAAAGGCUCCUUUGACAAGGUCACCGCUGUCAUGAACCGCCCGCUGUCAGAGUCCGACUCGUUCUGGCCAAGAGACUCGCCGAAUAGGCCCAGACUCCAGCUUGCAUCGGGUGUCAACCUGACUGGGACAUUGGAUGAUCUCACUUCGCAGCUGAAGGGCAAAAUCGAUGCAGUAGAGACGGUCACUCAUGUUUUCUAUUUCGUUUUUAACCAGGGCAAUGGGGAUGAUGUUGUUGAGUGUGAGACGAACUGUGGCAUGAUGCAGAGGGUUGUUGAGGCGGUCACCUCGCUAUCGACAAAUCUCAAAGCAUUCGUCUACGCCGGGGGAACAAGAGGUUACGGAAUUUACACGCCCGGCGGAACUUUCAAGCCCCCCUUGGAGGAGUCAAUGGCGGACAACCUCCCCGAGGACUACGCAAAGACGGUAGCGUACCCCUGGUGGAGAAAGAUGCUCGCAGAGGCGAGCAAAGGCAAGCCGUGGACCUGGUCGGAAGUUUGCCCGGACGCGGUCAUCGGCUUCACGCCAAACGGGUCUGGCUUCUCGCUGGCACUCCACUGGGCGCAGUACCUCUCCCUCUACGCCUUCAACCACGCGGUGGACGGGCGGUCCAAGGCCGACAUUGAGGUCCCGUUUCCUGGAACGCGAGAGGGGUACAAUAGCUUGUCCACCCCCGUCUCUUCUCGAAAGCUUGGUCGCAUUGCUAUUCACGCCUCGCUUCACGGUGACGAGUGCGGUGGAAAGGUGAUCAAUAUGGCGGAUAGAGAGCAGCCUACCAAGUGUAGUGACCUCUGGCCUGUGCUGGCGAGUUGGUUUGGAUUAGUGGGAGUUGGACCAAAGGAGAACGACAGGGCAGAGAAACCUGGGGAGUAUGUUCGGAUCCACAAGCACAUUUUUGAAGAGCAGGGCCGCAGCAGGGCCGCUGUUGCUGGUGUAGGCGGUGGAAGUGUCCAGCUUGACAGUGUCGGGUACUGGUUGUCUUUUGACCGACAACUGAGCUUGCAGAGACUGAGGUCAGUUGGGUUCACGGAAGAAAGAGACCCCAUUGAGGGCUGGCUGGAGGCGUUUGAGAAAUUUAGAGAAGCAGGAAUUAUCCUGUGA